ACACUUUUGAGGUAACUUCUUAAGGGGAAAUACACUUUUACAAUUCUUUGUACUAGAUUUAUGAAAGUAAAACCAAGAAGCAUUUUGAUGGCAUCUGUUGGGAUUCAGAUUCUGGGCAUUGCCCUAGCCGUAAUCGGAUGGAUUGGAACUAUUAUCAUCUGUGCUCUGCCCAUGUGGAAGGUGACGGCUUUUAUUGGCAGCAACAUUGUGACAUCUCAGGUCAUCUGGGAGGGUCUCUGGAUGAACUGUGUGGUGCAGAGCACCGGGCAGAUGCAAUGCAAGGUCUACGACUCCAUGCUGGCUCUCCCUCAGGAUCUCCAGGCAGCUCGAGCCUUGGUUGUGAUUGCUCUUUUGGUGUCCCUUUUUGCUCUCCUGCUAUCCAUCGUUGGAGGAAAGUGCACCAACUGCAUGGAGGACGAAUCUACCAAAGCCAAGAUCUGCAUUGUCUCAGGCAUCAUCUUCAUCAUUGCGGGAGUCCUCACCAUGAUCCCUGUCUGCUGGUCUGCCAACACCAUCAUCCGGGACUUCUACAACCCUUUGCUCACUGAUGCCCAAAGAAGGGAGCUUGGCGCUUCUUUGUACAUUGGAUGGGGUGCUGCUGGUCUUCUGAUCCUUGGAGGAGGUCUGCUCUGCUGCUCCUGUCCGCCCAGGGAUGGCAGGUCCUACUCCGCAAAAUAUUCUGCACCAAGACCUGCAGCUGUAGAGAAGGCAUUUGUAUAAAACUCUGAAGAUAGUUGAUUUUGUAUAUCUAGAUGCCAGAGAAACACGCAAGGCUGAAUUCUCAAAGCUGUUUACUCCAAAUCGUCAGUUUCUCUGAAAGAAAAAAACAAACAUCAUUUGUAUAUCUGACCUGAAUAAUAAACCAUUUUAGACUAAUCACAAGCACCUAAAAUAAAUAUCAGUUGUUUAUUUCUGGGUUGGUAACUUAAUUGGGUAUGUUUUUACUAUAUGAAAAAAAAGCAUGCUAAAGAAUUUAGCCCAUGAUGUACAUGCACCUGGUUACAGCCAUUCUUACUUUUAAUGUAACAAGGUCCUAUUAUUGCUCAAAGACUGACUGAGGUCACUGACACACCUUAUUUUGCUAAGCAGGUGGGCUGAAAACUUUUCACGUUAUAGUGGGAUUCAAGUUUCUGGUAAUUCCUGACGGUGAUCUAUCUACCUCCCACUUUUUCAUGCCUAUUGUUUUUGUUUUUUGUUUUUUUCUGUGUAGUAUUGUGCUUGGAAAUAUCUCUUUUCAUGACAGAAAACUAAGCUAAGCAGCUAAACAAAAGAACAGAUUUUUUUUUAUAUUUGUAAAAGAAAUUCAGUGAGCAUUUCCAACAGGUAUAUCCAAUCAAAUGUACUAAACAACUGUGUUUCAUCUAAGAAAACUAAAAAACGCCACUCAAUUGUAAUAAAAUAAGCUAUAAUUUAAACAGUAGUUGUUGUGUGAAUGUUCAAAGUAACUUAGGAGUUGCAGUAACCAUCCAAUAUAUUGUUUAAACUGUAAAUUCUAACAUGUUUGGUUUUUUUUUCUGAAUGCGUACAUAUU